AUGUGCACGCCGCCACUCAAGCACUCACCCCUACGAAAACACUCUUUCUCUGCGACGACCAUCCCGACGCCAGGCGACAUGCAGCUAUCUACUGCUCACGACAAGUCUUUUCCGAGCAACCGUCCAUUUGAGCCCCCUCCGAACGAUCUUCGUCUCCUAGUGCUCGAUUAUCUAUGUCACAAUUCCUAUUCCAAUGCUGCUCGUUCCUUCCUGAGGGACAGCGCCGUGAAACACCUCGAUGCCGACGGUGAUGAGAUCAUGUCUCCGGUCGAGAAAGGUGAUGAGCUGCUCGAUACCGAAACAUUCGAGGAGAGACUCUCCUUGGGCGAGCUCCGUAAGGAUAUCCGCAUCCUCAUCCUUUCGGGCCAGGUGGACGAAGCCACCGUGCUCCUGAACAAGCACUUCCCCUCAGUGCUCUCCGAGGACGCCGAAAUCCUGCCCGCAUCCAAGACUAUCGACCACCUCGAGUGGAUCCCAUCAACCUCCGUCGACCCUACUCACCUCGCACUCAACCUCCGCAUCCUCGCCUUCAUCGAAGCCUCCCGAACCGUGCCGCUCCCGUACUACCUUCCGGGCACCAAGCCGUCCACGCCGCCCAUCAUCGCAGACAGACCUGGUGAAGAGAACGAUCCGGCGGCGCCGGAAGGCGACAGCGCCGAGGAACGCCAGCUGCACCGCGCACAGAACCUCUACGCCGAAGCGAACCGCCUGCCGAGCGCGAGCGACCGCGCUCUGUACCUGCACGAGCUCGGGCGCGUGAGCGCGUUGCUCGCAUACAGGGUGCCCGAGUCUGGUCCAACAGCGGAGUACAUGACCCCCGAGCGGCGCGAAGCGGUUGCUAACCAGAUCGAGAGCGCGAUACUGUAUCGGCUGGGACAGCCUACGACAUCGAAGAUCGAGCUGUCCACGCGGUAUACGUCCGUGCUGUGGUCGGCCCUCCAUGACAUGAAUGUCAAGUCUCCUCCACCUUCCGCUUGGCCCGUGGGUCUCUCCCUGCCCCGCAGUCUGCCAGCGCUAGCCCCUACUGGCCCCACCGGAAAGACUGCCGGCAGCGACAUCACUGCUGCACGGAAGAAAGCAGGCGUCGAUGCCGACACACGAGAGUCUGUGCCCCGGUUUGACCUGCACGCUUUCCUGGACGGGGGGCCGUAA